CUUUUUUUUUUACUUCUUCUCUCACGUCUCACCCUCUGUCUCUCUCGCUCCUCCUUCCCACAUUUCUGUUCUCAUUUCUCUUCUCUAAUUGUUCUUCAUAAGAAGGUUUUGUUUGGUGGUGGCCACAGAGCAUGGGCUCCCUAAUUUUGUGGUGGGCUCUUAUUGUUCAAAUGCUGUCAUUUUUUUGUUGGAGCAGUGGAGCAGGACCUUUGUGUUGCUCAGACCCUCCAAUCCUUGAUCCACACAGUGGAGCAGGCCAUGUCGAGAAACUUGGUGGCCUUCCCACCUAUGUCAUCGGUUCUCCAUACUCUAAGCAUGCUGCUGUUCUUAUUUCUGAUGUAUAUGGAUAUCAAGCUCCAAACUUAAGGAAAGUGGCCGACAAAGUCGCAGCUGCUGGAUUCUUUGUGGCCGUUCCUGACUUCUUGAAGGGGGAUCCUUUUGUUCGUGCAGAUACUAAAAGGCCUAUGAGCGUUUGGAUUAAAGAUCAUAGCACGGACGAGGGAUUUGAAUUUGCCAAAGUAGUGAUUCAAGAUUUGAAAAAUAGAGGCUAUUCUGCAAUAGGUGCUGCAGGCUUUUGUUGGGGUGCCAAGGCUGCAAUUCAACUCGCAAAGUGCGACUCUAUUAAGGCUGCUGCCCUCUUACAUCAAUCUUACGUCACUGUGGAUGACAUCAAAGAGGUUAAGGUUCCAUUGGCAGUACUUGGAGCAGAGUUUGACCAUCCAGAGAUCGUCAAACAAUUUGAGGAGGUCUUAAAAGGAAAACCCGAGAUCGAGUCCUUUGUGAAAAUAUAUCCUGGAGUUCGGCAUGGAUGGACUAUAAGGUAUAAUAUUACAGACACAUAUACUAUUAAGAAGGCAGAUGAGGCUCACGAGGACUUGAUACAAUGGUUCAGUAAGCAUGUUAAAUGAAGGUUUUUGAAACAGGAACCUUAAUGUUUUAUGCUAAAACUACUAGAACCCAAGUUUGGAGUACUUGUUGUCUCUCUUGUUUGAAUAGCAACAAGUGAUUUGUGUGUAUCCAUAGUUUUAUUUCGAAGACUUGACCAUUGUUUUUAAUGUUUCGUGAAUGUUAUGUAAGAUUUCCUGCAAAUAUUGUUUGACAUUUUGAGAGAGAGGAUAAA